GUCACGUGAUAUCUUCCCGGGGAUUUCAACUUCAAGAUGGAGAUUGCAAGGAACAUUGAAUCCCAAGAAAAUUUAUGCCCUUUUAAGUCUUCACACAAAGAAAAAAUGAACAAAGAUAGUGAUCAGUUGCAAGGAAGCCGAAAAAUCUUCCAGACUCUUCAAUGUUCUGCUCAAAAUCCACAAAAACUGAUAGGACAGACAGGGCAAGCCUCCACAACAAAGAAAAAAGUUACAAAACUGAUACCCCUGAAGGAACCUUUGACUGUGUACAACGAUCCUAAAAACGAGAGAACAUUUGACCAUAAAGCUGUACAAACAGAGAGGAACAGAAGGCUGAAAAGUCUAGGGUCUGUGGAUGAAGACAUUGAUGAUGAGGCUUAUGAAUUAAUGGUCAGCGAGGAAGUUCCUGAGUCUUACUGGAAGGAACUGGCUGAGCAGAGACGAGUGGCAUUAAAUGAUUCACUUCACGAAAACGAAAUGUUGCACAAAGAAGUUGAAGAUCUGCGAGAGGAGAACUCUAAAUUAGCAGAGAUGGCUGAAAAAGCGGAUUAUUUUGCUGAUGUUAUCCAGACUAUGUUGGGAACAGAUGAAGAGAAACCCAAAGAAGAAGGAGACAACCCAGACAAGGAACCAGAGUCCAACAAUGAGCAGAUAGCAUCUGGAGAAACAGAAAUUACCUCCCCUGAAGAUAAAGAACAAGAAUCAUCCCGAGUUGACAAACCAGAGCCAUUAACCACAGACAGCACACAGUCCAAAGAAUGAUUGAUGGGUAGUUCAGCCUGACAUUAGUGUGGGUGACCAAACAAUCCUGGUGUUCCUCUGAGAAAGGAAACAAUCCAAACUGGCCGAGCUGUAGAAGACGGCAAGAAAAACACUGUGAUCAGCAUUUUAUGAUAUCCAGAUUAUCAAUUUCAAGUCUUUAAGUGAUUUGAUGGAAAGUUCAAAUGUAGGAACUUGCCAGAAUCUGGUUAAUAGUGACAGUAGUCUUAGUUUUAGAAUUGAUUGACAUGUGUCUUGUAGAAGAUCACUUUCUUUAGUGAAAUUUUAAUUGUCUUUUAAUUUGUUUUCAAGAAUCACCAUAUUUUGAUUUGUAUAUUGUAUAGUUUUUAUAGAAUAAAGAUUCUCACUUUUAA